AUGGUGGGUGUGGGCAUCGACGGGAAGGAGAGCAUGCUCGCACGCGUGUGCAUCAUCAACUCCUUUGGCAACGUGAUCUACGACAAGUUCGUCAAGCCCAGGGAGAAAGUUGUCGAUUACAGGACGUGGGUGUCCGGCGUUAAGAAGUCGGACCUGACCGGAUCAAACGCGUUUCCAUUUGCGCAGAUCCAGCAGGAAGUCGCUGAGCUGAUCAAAGACAAGAUCGUCGUCGGUCACGGUUUGAAGAACGAUUUCAAGGCGUUGCUGCUCAGCCACCCGUUCUCCCAUUUGAGAGACACGGCGAUGUAUCGCCCACUGCAGCGUUCCAGGGGUAAGCCCAGACAGCUGAAGUAUCUCGUCAACAAGAUUUUGAAAAUCAGCAUCCAGGACAAGGCCGAGGGAGCCCACGACCCGGCCAUCGAUGCCCGGGCGGCGUUGAUGCUCUACAAGCACCUGAAGCGAGACUGGGAGGAGUACAUCCUCAAGAAGCAGAAGCGGUCGCUGCGAAAGAAGAAGAAGAUCGAGAAGGCCAAGAAGAAGAAGGCCGCCAAGCAGGCCACCAGCGACGCCAAGAAGAAGGAAAAGGCAAAGGAGGCCGAGGCCGACGAAGGGGAAAUGGACUUUGACGACGACAGUGACGACGAUGAGUCCUCGUUCAACGUCAGCUCAGGCUUCAACUUUGACGAUGACGACGAAGAUGUCAGCGACGAGGGCUCUGACUGA